GGCACUGAUGGGGGCACUUGGCGGGAUGAGCACUAGGUGUUAUGCUAUAUGCUGGCAAAUUGAACUCCAGUAAAAAAAUGUAAAAACAGAAAACAUUUUGCUAAUAUUUAACACAGAUUAGUAUGUCCAAAUGUUAGCUUCACAACCCCUCCCAUUAAAUCUGACCAAAUUAGAGUUCUCAAUGCGAUUUCACUAUUUUGGCCACAAACUAAUGACUGACCUUUUAAAUUAAGGUGUGGACACAUGAAACAUAAAGAAUACGGCUUAGGAGGUUUGUCUUAACAAUGGCACCCCGAGCAAAACUGAAUAAUGAUUCUGUUUUGUGUGUGUGGAUAGAGCAAAAGAGCAAGUGUAAGGAGGAGACGGGCAGAGGGAAAGGAAGAGAGAGUACGAAGCAGGCUCCAUGCUGAAUAUGGGUGAAUCUGAUGACCUUGAGGUCAUGACCAGAGCUGAAAACCAGGAGGCAGAAACUUAGCUGACAGAAACACCCAGAUGCCCCUAGGACAAGAUUUUUGAGGCUAUUUAAUGAAUCAAUUUUCAUGUUACCCUCUGGCAUCUCCACUGAUGGGUCAAGUUCUUGCUAUUCAAGAUGGUAAAUAUUUUCACCCGUUUUCCAGGGCAGAUGUCCCCAGGUUGUCUGCUCGUUUUUCCUUUUGUUGUUUCCACAGGAGAUCCUGGGAAAUUAAUGGACAUAGAAGGAGCUGUUGACUGACAGGUUGUUGUUAGAAGAGCCUCGAAAAUUAAGGAGUCAAUCCCAUUUACAAUUGCACCCUUAAGCAUAAGCUACCUAGGAAUAAACCUAACCAAAGAGGUAAAGGAUCUCUACCCUAAACACCACAGAACGUUUCUGCAAGAAAUCGAGGAAGGCAUAAAGAGAUGGAAAAAUUUUCCGUGCUCAUAGAUAGGAAGAAUUAAUAUUGUGAAAAUGUCCAUGCUACCCAGGGCAAUUUACACAUUUCAUGCAAUCCCUAUCAAAAUAACAUGGACUUUCUUCAGAGUUGGAACAAACCAUCUUAAGUUUAGUGUGGAACCAGAAAAGACCCCAAAUAGCCAGGGGACUAUUCAAAAUGAAGACCCGCAUUGUGUGGGGGCAUCACAAUGCCAGAUUUCAGGUUGUACUACACAGCCGUGGCCAUCAAGACAGUGUGGUAGUGGCACAAAAACAGACCCAUAGAUCAAUGGAACCAAAUAGCGAAUCCGGAAGUGGAUCCUCAACUUUAUGGUCAACUAAUAUUCGAGAAAGCAGGAAAGACGAUCCCUGGAAAAAAGACAGUCUCUUCAAUAAAUGGUGCUGGGAACAUUGGACAUCCACAUGCAGAAGAAGGAACCUAGACCAUUCUCUGCCACCACACACAGAGAUAAACUCAAAAAGGAUGAAAGAUCUAAAUGUGAGACAAGAAUCCAUCCAAAUCCUAGAGGCGAAUGCGGGCAACACUAUGUUUAUGAGAGUCUUGUUCUCCUGGGCCAUGUGUGCUUACAGAGAAAAAAGAGGUCAUCCCUGGGACAUCUAAAUUAAGAGACUAUUAAGAGUAUCUUUAACGUGUUCUUAAACUUGGGGAAAUAGUCUUCCUAGCACACCCCUGGGCCUCUGUUAGUGAUCCAGACUUUUAUGUACCUAUUUAGGUGACUUGACUAGCCUUUGCUGACAGUCACACCAGUGUUCUUUCUCACCUCUUUUGAGCAGCAGUAUAAUACAGAGGUUACCGACCUAACUCAGCCACUGUUGAUCAGCAAAGGUAAAUGGAAAAAGAGCCAACAGGACGUACCCCAUAAGCCUAUAAUGCUGGUUCCUGAGCUAUGCUACCUGACAGGUACUUCAGAUUUAUGCAGUCCUCAUAGAAGACCACCCCUUUCAAGCCCCAGAUGUUACGAUGUAGAAGUACAGGCUUCUCACAGUACUCCAUAAUGACCCAGAGCUGUGUUCUCUCCGUUGGCUCUUCCUCUUCCAGAUAAAACCAUCAAGGCUUCUUCACAUACAUAUUUAUUCUUGCUUGUUUAGCUAUAUCUUCUUAACUUUUUAAGGGUCUAUCAGUUAAAACGCUAAAAGAUUACAGGGUGAUGAGAGACUUGGCUCUUCAUAUGAGGUUGGAUCCAGAAAAAGGCAGCACGAAUUACGGAAACUGAUGAAUACUAUACAAAUGUUAAGUCCUAUUCUUCUCUGUAUGUGUUUGUGUGUGUGUCCUGAAGUUGAGACCCGUGCAGAACUCUUGAUAUCUCAGAUUCUCCAACUAAAAAACAACAGGUUGGAAGAAAACGACCUCUUGUGGGAACAACUCUAUUUGUUCCAUCGAUGCAAAGUUAGAGGAGGUCUGGAGGGGAAGAACAAAAUAGAAAGACCCUAAGCACAAAUGUGAGAGUAAGGACAUGACUUCAAAGUACUAGAGACCCUCUCUCUGCAACAUGUCAAUACAGAAGUCAAACAACAAGGCAUCUUAGAUUAAAGGAGAAUUUUGCAAAUGAAUCAUCACUUUUGCUUAUUUCCUUUGGUUUGAUUCUGUGGAAAUAUUUUUACUUUCAGAAAUAGGGAGGUACAACGGGAACUUUGACUCUGGGGUUUGAAGUUUGAUACCAACUUCUUGUCCUUCUCGAAGAGGAUCUUGAAAGGAGUAAGAAUUUUUCAAGGAAGAACAGUGGUAAGACAGCUUCAAAAUGGUCAUGUUCUAGUUACUCAUGUAGUCAUUUGGGGCCAAAUGAAUAAUAAUGCAGAGGACCUAAGUCAGUUUGACUCCCAUCCACAGUUUGCAGAUUGGUCGAGAGAGACCAGAAGUGGACCCUUACUCAAUGUGAAGUCACUAGAUCAUUGGCUAAUACUCUAUCCUACGAGAAAUUAUGGAGCGGCUUCAUCCUUAGUACAGAGUCUACGUAAAGUCACACCCACCAUGGGCAUAGCUAUGAGAGAGGCAAAAAUGCUUGAAGUAAGUGAUACAGUCCAGUCCUAUACAACUGUCUUAGAAAAUCAUGUUUCCUCCAAAACACAGAUGGUCCUUUGCGUGCUGUCCAGUGAAAAGAAAGACCUGUAUGAUGGCAUAAAACAAUACCUGUGUGUCAAUUGUCCGACCCCAAGCCAGUGUGUCGUGGCACGGACCUUAGACAAACCCCAGACGCUGAUGACCAUUGCGACAAAGAUUGCCCAGCAGAUGAACUGCAAGAUGGGAGGAGCCCUCCGGAAGGUGGAGACAGGAUUACAGAAUGCGAUGUUCAUUGGUAUCGACUGUUUCCAUGAUAUUGUAAAUCGGCGGAAGUCAGUUGCAGGCUUCGUGUCCAGCAUCAAUCAAGAAUUGACGCAGUGGUUCUCUCAGUGCAUUUUCCAGGAGUUGGGUCAAGAGCUUGUGAACGGGCUUAAAACCUGCUUGGAAGCUGCCCUGAAGCUCUGGUGUAAACAUAAUCAGUUUCUACUACAGGCUAUCAUUGUGUAUCGGGAUGGAGUUGGGAAUGCUCAGCUUCAAGCACUGAUGGAUCAUGAAGUCCCACAGAUUGAGUCCUCCUUGAAAUCUGUGUACCCUAAAGACUCUGGGUAUAUAAAUUGUAAAGUGCAGAUUGUGUAAACUCUACAUUUCAGUCUCUGAAAGGAAUAUCACAGUUAUGAUCUGUGAAUUAAGAGAGAGAGCAUGGCACAGAGGGCAUCAGUUGCUGGAUGGGGAAUUCAUUCUUUGACUUUCUGGUCCACACCCAAGUCAGAGGACAGAGCAGAACCAGAACGUUCCGGAUUGUGUUCUCCCCAUGGAACCCCCUAAGAACCUGUUCCUUUUUUUCUAAUCUCCCUGCAAGCCUUGAUGUAGGAGGGCUUGUUAAGCUCGGGUACUUAUUAAAAUCCAUAAACACAGCCUGGUGAUGGUUUGUGUUUAGUCAACUUCUUUAUUCUGGAGUUUUGUAGGUCCUAGGGCUGGGGAAUGCCUCUCCUCUGCCUCCUCUGCUUGUCACUGGGGCCUGGUUCCCACCACAGAUAGAAGCAGCCCCAACCUUGUGAGGAAGUUCCUCCCCCUAAGAUGUGAGUGGCUGUGAAUAGAAACCUCUCUUACUGCUUAAGUCAGGCUCAUGGAGCUAGGACAGUAAAGUUGGUGUGUGGGGGGACUAUACCUCCCGCAGGUUCUUCUUAAGGAAUCCUGUGUGUGUGGUGCUUCAAGUAGUUUGCGUGAUCCUAAAUAAAGCUGACUUUAUUUGAAAAACAAACUUGAA